AUGGACUUCGUCAAGAACCUCACCGGCGGCGGCUCCUCCGAGGAGAAGAGCAAGCAGUCUGCCGAGCACUCCAGCAGCGGAAGCAGCGGCGGCGGCUUCAUGGACAAGAUGAACAGCAUGGCCGGUGGCGGCAAGGAGAGCGAGAAGAACGAGGAUCUGCUCGACAAGGGCGUCGACUUCGUGCAGGAGAAGUUCCUCGGCGCGGGCCCGCAGGACAACGAGAGCGCCGUCGAGCAGGCCAAGGACGAGCAGAUCUCCGACUUCAUCCGCGCCAAGUACAAGUCUACCACCGGCUCCGACUUCCCCAUCAAGGACAAGGAAAAGAAGUACGGCGCAUAG